UGCAACGUGCAGCACGGGAACCUGGGCGGCGAGACCAGCCGGUACCUCUCGGACCUCUUCACCACGCUGGUGGACCUCAAGUGGCGCUUCAGCCUCCUCGUCUUCAUCCUCGCCUACGCCGUCACCUGGCUCUUCUUCGGCCUCAUCUGGUGGUUCAUCGCCUACUGCCGGGGGGACCUGGACCACCUGGAGGACCACGCCUGGACGCCCUGCGUCAACAACCUCAACGGCUUCAUUGUGCUCCUGCUGCUCCAGGCCAUCCUGGGCUCCAUGGUCAACGCCUUCAUGGUGGGCUGCAUGUUCGUGAAGAUCUCCCAGCCCAACAAACGAGCCGAGACCUUGGUCUUCUCCUCCCACGCCGUGGUCUCCUUGCGGGACGACCGCCUCUGCCUGAUGUUUCGCGUGGGUGACCUGCGGGACUCACACAUCGUGGAGGCCUCCAUCCGCGCCAAGCUCAUCAAGUCCAAGCAGACGCAGGAGGGCGAGUUCAUCCCCCUGGACCAGACCGACCUGAGCGUGGGCUUCGAGACCGGCGACGACCGCCUCUUCCUCGUCUCGCCCCUCAUCAUCAGCCACGAGAUCGACGAGCGCAGCCCCUUCUGGGACGUCUCGCGGCACCAGCUGGAGAAGGACGAUUUCGAGAUCGUCGUCAUCCUCGAGGGGAUGGUGGAGGCCACAG